AUAAUGGGGGAGUGGUCCUUCCUCUCAGACAUGCUGGACAAGGUACAGUCCCACUCCACGGUGUUCGGAAAGGUGUGGAUGAGUGUUCUGUUCCUCUUCCGGAUCUUCAUCCUGGCUGCUGGAGUGGACAGAAUCUGGGGAGAUGAACAAGCAAACAUGGACUGCAACACCAGAAGCACCGGAUGCAGGAACUCCUGCUACAACCGAUCCUUUCCUCUUUCCCACACCCGCUUCUGGGUGCUGCAGAUCCUCACCGUCUCCACCCCGACCCUGGUGUACCUGGGCCACGUCCUGCUGGUCAUUCGAAAAGAAAACAAAGCCAGGAGACGUCCAAAGCAUAGAAACACGAUGAAGAGAAGUGCUUUAGAUGGACGAGGCAAAGUCCAACUGAGGGGAGUCUUAUUGGCCAGCUACAUCAUGCAGCUGGUGUUCAAGAUGCUGCUUGAAGUGUCAUUCAUUGUGGGCCAGUACUUCCUCUACGGCUUCCUGUUCAUCCCUGCAAAGAUCUUAUGUGAGGACUACCCCUGCCCAACCCCUGUACAAUGCUUCAUCAGCCGACACACAGAGAAAACUGUUUUUGUAGUCUUCAUGCUGGCAUUGGCUGUUUUCUCUGUCCUUCUAAACAUCGUGGAGUUGUUGUACCUGAUGGUGUCCAAGCUGAAGGACAGGGGGGGCAGCAGCAGGGCUUCUCUUCCACCCACUCAUUAAAUAUACUCCGAAAACUCAAAGCAUCUUCCAUGCUGCUCCAUGAGAUGUGAAGGACUCAGACUGGGUCAGA